CCCAUCCUUCUUGAAUCUCUCAUUGAGUUCUCUAGUCUCAGUUUCUGAGCAGCAGUUUCCCUGGUUUCCCUGCAGGCCUGUGCCUCUGGCUAGUGGUUGACCUCUGCAGCAUAACCUUUCCCUUGACAGCACAACUAAGAAAAGUCAUAUGUGCUUUCAACCACUGAACACCCUCAUAAUUGGCCUAGGGUCUGCUAGGCUCUUUUGCAGAUUUGGGUCCUUCUGCUUUCACUCUUUUUGUAAGAUUAUGCUAUACGUACAGCAACUACAGGAUCAGCAGACCUGCCUCCCUCCUUGUGGGCCCUGUGAGGUUGAAACCAUGGACUCCACCAAGUCUGAACCCCUGAAGGGAUCACCAGAGGCUGAAGAUGGAAACAUCGAAUAUAAACUGAAGCUGGUGAAUCCAUCCCAGUACCGCUUUGAGCACUUGGUGACACAAAUGAAGUGGCGGCUCCAGGAGGGACGCGGUGAGGCUGUCUACCAGAUUGGGGUAGAGGACAAUGGGCUGCUGGUGGGGCUGGCUGAGGAGGAGAUGCGGGCCUCCCUCAAGACCCUGCACCGAAUGGCAGAGAAGGUUGGAGCAGAUAUCACCGUUCUCCGAGAGCGAGAAGUGGAUUAUGAUAGUGACACGCCCCGGAAGAUCACUGAGGUGCUAGUACGAAAGGUCCCUGACAACCAACAGUUCCUAGACCUCCGUGUGGCCGUCCUGGGGAAUGUGGACUCAGGGAAGUCAACUCUGCUUGGAGUCCUGACCCAGGGAGAGCUGGACAAUGGGCGGGGCCGGGCUCGGCUCAACCUUUUCCGCCACCUGCAUGAGAUUCAGUCUGGCCGAACAUCCAGCAUCAGCUUCGAGAUCCUGGGCUUUAACAGCAAGGGAGAGGUGGUGAAUUACAGCGACUCACGGACAGCAGAAGAGAUCUGUGAGAGCAGCUCCAAGAUGAUCACCUUCAUCGACCUGGCAGGCCACCACAAGUACCUACACACUACCAUCUUUGGCCUCACCUCAUACUGCCCUGACUGUGCCCUGCUCCUCGUCAGUGCCAACACUGGGAUUGCUGGCACCACAAGGGAACAUCUGGGGCUGGCCUUGGCCCUGAAAGUGCCCUUUUUCAUCGUGGUCAGCAAGGUGGACCUGUGUGCCAAGACAACAGUAGAGAGGACAGUACGCCAGCUGGAGCGGGUCCUCAAGCAGCCUGGCUGCCACAAGGUCCCCAUGCUGGUCACCUCUGAGGAUGAUGCUGUCACUGCUGCCCAGCAGUUUGCCCAGUCACCCAAUGUCACCCCCAUCUUCACACUGUCCAGUGUGUCUGGAGAGAGUCUGGACCUUCUCAAAGUCUUUCUGAAUAUCCUGCCACCACUCACCAACAGCAAAGAGCAGGAAGAACUCAUGCAGCAGCUGACGGAGUUCCAGGUGGAUGAAAUCUAUACAGUACCAGAGGUGGGGACUGUUGUUGGAGGGACACUUUCCAGUGGGAUUUGCCGUGAGGGGGACCAGCUGGUGGUGGGCCCCACGGACGAUGGCUGCUUCCUGGAGCUGAGAGUGUGCAGCAUCCAGCGCAACCGCUCUGCCUGUCGUGUGCUGCGAGCUGGUCAGGCUGCUACAUUGGCCCUUGGGGACUUUGACCGUGCUCUGCUUCGCAAGGGCAUGGUGAUGGUGAGCCCCGAGAUGAAUCCUACCAUCUGCUCAGUGUUCGAGGCAGAAAUAGUCCUACUAUUCCAUGCCACCACCUUCCGACGAGGAUUCCAGGUGACUGUACACGUGGGCAACGUACGUCAGACAGCAGUGGUGGAGAAGAUCCAUGCCAAGGACAAGCUGCGGACAGGGGAGAAGGCAGUGGUACGUUUCCGCUUCUUGAAACACCCAGAGUACCUGAAGGUGGGCGCCAAACUGCUGUUCCGGGAGGGUGUCACCAAGGGCAUCGGCCAUGUCACUGAUGUGCAAGCCAUUACAGCAGGAGAGGCCCAAGCUAACAUGGGUUUCUGAGUCCUCCAGGCUUGGACAGCUCUGUUGCUGUCCCUACAAUAUAUAAGGUGACUUCCGGCCAUGCUGCCCCCACCCCACUGGCGGCUCUGUGUGUUAGUAGGCUAAGGAGAGAGGGGUGCUGUCUGCCACUUGCUCCCUGCCGCCUUUCUGGAGAGGUGCCAAGCUUGGUGUGGCCAGGGAGGGGCAGUCCUGAGGGAGAAGACAGAAUUCAGGGCAGUGCUGAGAAGCUAUGUGCCCACCUGGUUGGCUCAUCAACCCUGGCAACCCUGUGGCCUGUCUACUGGAGCUGACUGCAUCCACUGUCAAUUCCUCGGCUCCGCUAUCAGGACUGGGCAUAUUUUGUUGGUGUGGUCCCUGCACUUCAGGAAUCGUCACCACUGGGGGUGGCCCUCAAAAGCACUCCUUUUUCUAUACCUCUUCUCAAGGCCAUGUAAUUGCCCAUCUCUACCUGACUAUGGACAAAAGAUAUCUGCUCCUGGACAUGUGGUGGCCCAGGGUAUGAAGAAAUGGCACAGGGACAGUGAUGGCAGUGCUCCCACCCUGUGCUGAGGCCUGAGGCCUCUUCCUCAGCUUUAUCUCCCUUCCCUUCUUUACUCAAGGGCCAUUUUCCCAGUUCCUCCUCUCACAGGCCCCACAGGUGCUAUUUAUUGUGCUGGCCAGGCGUGGGGCUGCCAGGCUAUGGCUUGGCAUACCAAAGGUCAGCUGCAUGUCAAUCAGUCUUGUCCUCUCCUCUGCAGUCAUCUGUUGGCUUUCAUGCUGGAUCAAAUAGUACGUUUUACUUUCCCAGAACCACAGUUCCCCAUUCUCGACUCUCACCCGCCUUCCUGCUCCAACCUAAGCCCUCUCUUGUUUCAGUAAUUUGUAGUGACCAUCCCUUCCCUCUGUUGCAGGGAACCAGGAGGAAAGGGAAAGAUGUUGCCAUAUUUCCUACUCUUUAGGCAUGGACUCCCUCCUUUCCCUUUGUUAGUGUCCUGGGUUCCCAUGGACUCAGGGAUUUGUUGGUUGAGGUUUCUCUGCAUAUAUAUAUAUGUAUAUAUAUAUUUAAAUACACAUAUAUAUUGUACAGAAUAAAAAUGUUUUAUUGAAUA